AUGCACGUCACACAUGGGAAAUUCAAUCUAGCCUUCAUGGAAGAAUUGCCACCGGUUUGCACUGGCGGAUUCGUGGAAUACAUAGCCGAGCACGUUAAGGGUCUGAAUUGGCAAGGCAUAUCAACCCAUUGUGUCCUUUCUCAAACCGAUCUCAUUCUCUUCCUGUGCAUUUUAUGCAUGUCUUUAGUUGUUCUUUACGGGAAGGAUAAUACCGGUGGAGCCUCUAUUUCCCUUCGAUCGCGUCGUAAAAGUGUGGAAAUUCAAUUACUUUUCAUUGUCUUAAUGAUCACCCUGAUACUUGCGCUUGUGAUCGGUGCUGUCUACACCUGUUUUGCAGCUUGGAGAAUCAGAAUCACCAUCUACAGCUUAACGGACCACAUUGAAGAAGUUGCUGCUUCCUCAAAGCUACUGACAAAUACCUUUAUAAGCGAAGCAUACACAAUAAUGAAUCAAGUAAUUGAAGAUGAUGUUGCGCAGAAUAAUCCGAAAAGUCACUUGAGACCAUUUAUAGAGGAAAUGAAACUUAUCUGGGGUGAUCAGGCCAUGCGUCUAUAUGCAAUGGCUCAGAAACUUAGUCCUCCUAAGGCCUGGUUGCGCCAACAAACUCGCACCAGUCUCCUUCAUUUUAACACGUUCCUCCGUCGUCUUUCCUCCCUCCUUGCUGUUGCGCCCAUCCUCAGUGAGAGUAGCAUCAGAUCGACCAACGAUCUUUUCCUGUCGUACUCAUAUGAGCUGGCGCGUCUAACCCCGCACCCGAUUCUUACGCCAAUAUCUUGGAGAAGCAUACCAAUACUUAACUUCACUGCUACCGAGCUGUGCAAACACAGUACAACGCAUUUCCCGACGUGUGCUGAAGUUGAAUCAUACUUUACAAUGAUUAUAAGCAAAUUGGAGGCUUGGCCGCGAUAUGAGAAAAACCGGGAUUUCACCAAAGUUACGGCUUAUUCCCUGCUUCCUCGUAUGCUAAACGCUGAAGCGCAUGUGGAAAAAUGGUUGCCGUUAGCACAAGACCCUACUGGUAAUAUCCCUUUCCUUUUCGAUGAGUUUCUUGUUUGGGAGAUUGAGAAGGAGAGGAAGAAACUGAACCAAAGCCUUGACGCCCUGCCUCGACAGUGGGCGAACAGCUCAAUUAAGAAGUACUUGGAUGUGGCCGCAGUGUUACCAAUCGUCUUGGCCGGAGCCCUAACACUUCUUGUGGCGAUCUCAAUAGUUGCCUCCCUCUUCAACUCCGACCUUUUCUGUGGUGCACUGCGAUGCAGCCGAGCUAGAAAGGAUGUCCAAAUGGAGAGAUUUGCCUCAUGUUACCUUUUAUUAGUUGCGAUUUUCACAACUAUGCUUUCCGUCACCGGAGUGGGAUGCGGCAUAGUGGGCAGUAUAGGUCAGAGUCAGGAGGUUUGGCAUAAGAUGGAGCAAGCAAAUCUCUCAUAUCAGAUUCCACGAUUUCAGCUUUCCAAAACCUUCAACCAAUUUAGGAAAGCAGUUAAUUUGGAUCAGACCUUCGAUGACCUCUAUGUUGGUAAUAUCACGGAAUACUUACCCGAUCCAUGCAAUGACUACUAUACACAGAUCGGCCUUGCAUUAAGCGCUGUAUCGAAACGCAGCUCCAGAAAGUUGGAUCGGUUGGCCAACUACUUCACUACCAUCGGUGAUUUAAUUGCUUUGUAUAAAUUGAAAUUCGACCAGAUAUCCCAAGCACUUUGCGUGAUUGAGGAAAAUAAAAAGGUACUUGAGCCGCUCAGUCCACUCAUUGAUGUCGGCGAUAAAAUUAUUGGCUAUCUGGUGAACAAGACGAACACCGAGUUGAUUUCCCAGUUCACGAACAACACCGCCGAAAUUUUUAUCAAUUCCCGUCGCCCGAUCGACCAUUACGCGCUUCCGCUUCUUCAUCGAAUUCUUGAUCGCCUUUUUCCCUACCCUAAUCUCCGACAGGCAUAUAGAAAAGCUCUAUCCCCUAUCUGUCCCACAGAUACUACUUAUUCGCCCCUCUUCCUAACCCUGAAAAAUUUCGGUUUCACUCUGAGUCUUUCUGCUUUUGGUUUGUUUAUUGCUAGUGUCAUGUGGAGUCGCAUACAAUUUUAA